AUGGAGAUCGUGACGCUGAUCGCGUCUAUCACUUAUCUUUCAGUGUACUUCCUGGACGCCAGCAUUCUCGGUAGUCAAGGAGAUGCUGGCGCAUGCGCAGAGUGCUUGUUCCCCCGGUCUGAGUGUCUGACCCGCGAUCAGGAAGCAGGAUUACCAGCAUUCAAGUAUACAUAUAUAUCAGAAAACAUUUUCUGGGGAAUGUCAGCAUACUCUCCUCCCUUCUACAACGUACAUGUUCAUAAUUAACACUUAAAUUGAAAAUACAAUAUAAUACUAAAAGUAAUAACUAUCACGGGUCCAAUCAGGACCCUAAAGUGCACCAUACAACAUAAUCCAUAUCUUAAUACUAGCUUAACACCUUAUUGUCAAGCUGAAAGUGACCAAUAUUCAGGCUCCCUGGAGUUUAUCCUGGUUCCUAACAUAAUGUGAUGAAUAUUGUGUAAUAGACUACUAUAAUAUAAGUGAGUAAAUGAGUAUUACAAGUGUUAUAGCUAUACCAGCCAUACCAAAACCCAUAAUACCCUAUUAUUAUAAGACUAAGAUAUCCAUAUGGAUACAGUUAUACUAGUGUAUCAAAAAGAUGAGAAACCUCCUAUAUGUGAAAUUGAUCUGUCUGAUCGAUAAGUGGUGCAAAAAUAUUUAAAGUGCCAAUGCAUACUAAUUUAAGUGCAAAACGGUGCAAAGGAUCACACAAUUCAUUAGUGAUACGUGCCCAGUGUUUCAAAAAUCUUCAACAUAAUAACCAAAAAGUGUAUAUGGUCCAAUGCACUCCCCCCUAUUUUUAAACUUCGAAAUAGGAAAAAGGGCAAGAGAAUAAGAGGAGAAAUGGACACCGUAGUUGUCCCAUUAUUUCCUUCCAUUUAAUCGGGAGGGAUUAUCACAAAUGUAUUUUCACAAUAACCUGAAUCUACAGUCCUAUUAAGAAAGAAAAAUAAAGCAUGAAUUAUUCUAAGCCUUAGAGGUUACAAGCAAAAAAAAUAAAAAUAAAAACAUUAAAAUAGGCCUGGCACUUUGGAUCAAAACAAUUAUAUACAACUAACUAUGAAUCUUCACAUAGCCAAUUCGAGCACUUUUUUUUUUAUUUGUGUGUGUGUGUGUGUGUACUUGUGCCUGUUAUGAGUAUACUGCACCUGAGGAAAACCUUAUAUAGGUUGUACUUGUAUUUAUCUUUUGGAUUUGAUAAAUUCUAUUUAAAUAAAGACUUGUAUACCUUUAUGGUUGAUUCCUGACUUCUGUGGCUGUUGAACAAGAUUGUGGCAAUUCAGAGGAGCUGUUACAUUUUUGUCUAUCCAGAUAUCCCUUUGUGUGGAUGAAAUGCUUUUACAGUUCAGAUCCAACUUCUAAAGGGCUCUGUAAAGUGUGAGUUCUCCAAUUAACCUCACCUUCUUUGCGCUACCUUUUAUACAGAUUACACUAUGUUGUUUUAUCUGUUUAUUUUAUACAGGAUUUACCUUGUUUAAAUUUUUUUUUUUUUUAGUCAGAGUAUUGGUUUAAGCCAACCAAUCAGAGUGCUCUGACAGGUAAAUGAAGAGACUGACGGGUAAGUCUCUAAAUUUACCUGUCACAUCACGCUGGUGGGCUCUGUCUUUAUACAUAGCGUGGGAAAGUUCUUUGGAAUUUUCCCUUGCUGUGUUUUUUGACUCAUUAUCUGGUUGUUUGAUAGCAACCAAUCAGUGUUAUGAGUUAAAUUACACAGCAUGGGAAAAUUAAAAUGACACAAAGCACUCUGGUUGGAUUUCAAGCCAACCAAUCAGAGUGCUGUCAGGUAAAUUUAGAGACUUAACUGUCCGUCUCUUCAUUUACCUGUCAGAGCACUCCGAUUGGUUGGCUUGAAAUCCAACCAGAGUGCUCUGUCCUUUUAAUUUACUAGACAUUAGGUUUUUCAGCUUUUGGUAAAUAGCUCCCUGAUACUGUGGGAAUUAAGGAGUUAUCUACUAAGCGGCUGCAAGAUGCACAAAUAAGAUCAUUUCAUAUCUUAUUUCAUAUGAAUGAAAUUCUGAUACAAAGUCCCAUAAUGCUUCCUAACCUAAAUGAACAAACUGUUCUCAUUCUGUUAGGACGAAAUUCGGUAGUCUAAGUGACAGGACGUUUGGGAAUACUGACAGGAAGCAUCGCAAGAUCACAGAUCAAAGGGGAGAAUUGUGGGGAAAUUGCUUUGAUCACCGGAAACAAAGCACACUUUGCUCCUCCGCUGGUCAGGCGUAUGAAACCUCCAUAAGACAAAGUAGUCCCUACUUUGCUCUAGUUUUCUUUAAAACAUAAGACAGACAGGAAGAAAUGAACAGAUCCUGACAGAGGGAGAGAAGAGGAAUCGAUUGGGGAAAGGGGAAGUUCAGCAUGACCGUGCCGCUCUCAUUUUAAUUUUUAGCCUAACUAAUUUUCUCUUCCUCUCUACUUUUUGUUACUUUUUUUUAUUUUUAUUUUGUUUCUGCAGGUCCAAGAUCUAGAGAGUUGUGAUCACAUGUUUGACAGCCUAAGUAGGAUAAACAGCAACUUCUACAGAGAGAAGGUACUUGAAAGGAGGGCACUAUCUCGCUAAUUUUGUUUGACACAUUAUAUUCCACAUUUUAUUUUUUAUAAAUUUUUUAUUUAGUACCUUUUUUUGGUUUUACAGAAAAAGAAGCCACACAUCAUACGACAAUGCACAAGUUUUGUAAUAUGUUGCAAUACUACUGGUAGUUUGUUGUGGGUCAUUUUCUGAGUGUGGCAAACCUCGCCACUUCAGGAAACUAAGGACUUGGUGAAUACGUAUUUUGCUAUUGUCUUUUCUUUUGUCUGAAGUGAAAAGCAUUCGAAUGCUAGCGGCACGAAAACCAUGAGCAUUCCUAUAGUAGUUUCACGAACAAUAAUGGAAUCCACUGUUUGGGAAACUAACAAAACUACUGAAUGGGAGACCACACAAGGGAGGCGUGUGUCUCCCAUUAACGAAAUAGCCACAUUGUAACUGCAGAUAAUUAAUGGUUUUGCGGGUGGCCGCCGUUCAUGUAACCAAACACGUGGCGGCGACCGUCUUUGCUCAUGAAAGCCCAGCGGUGAUUGGUUGUUGAGUGCCUGAAACUAAAAUCUGCUACUCGACUGCACGAACACCGCUGGACUUCCAUGUCUUUUUUGUUUAAAUUGUUCAUUCGGUUAAAUUGUUCAGUCGUGCAAAUAAGACAACGUUCGACAAACUCUAAAACUCACGAAUGCUUCUGUUUCACCAACCCAUUUUCCACUGUAUAUUGUAAUGUGUGUUCGUAUGAAUGAACCCUUCAUUUCAAUGGCUUUGCUAUUCUAGUGAAUGGAUCUGCGUGGUAUUUUGCCAGAUGCUGCGCUCAGAUCCCAGCCAUUCAAUGAGGGGUCAUUCGGCUAAUUCUGAGUAAAAUUACAUGACUUAUAGAAUUUAAUGUUAAAUGGUGUAUUUUGCUGUACAGAGAGAUAAUGUAAUUAACACUGUAUCAGUGCGUCAUCAUCUCUCCAGUACAGUACUGUAUGAUGGGAUAUAGUCUGAAAAGUUAAGUUUCCCACAAAGUCCACUUGAGUAAAACCCCUGCAAUGUCAGUAAGGAAACCGCUUGCAUGGGGACUUGUAUAAAUAUAGUGACCUUGGAAUAAGAGCUCAGUUGAUUCCCAAACUAUGUGUCGUCUAGAUCUUGGGAAUAAGGGAUUAUUACUAUGCUACCUGUAUUUUGUAUGCUGUAUCCUGACUACCGGCGGAGAUAUUGUGGAUUAACCUACAACCCCGCUACAAUUGGUGGCAAGCGACUGGAUUUAAACCUCACAGAAGAGCAGCGUUCGGGAGUUAUUUAUACGAAUGAGGAAGAGAAAAGCAGCGGUUCGGUAAAACAACCAUUCGGAUAAAACCGGAAUUCAGGAAUAUGUGAAACUAUACGAACGGACAGUGAAUGGAGACGAACUAUGCAACAUUGAAGCGAACCACAUUAAAGGAACUAUUGGAGGGAAGGGGAAAAAUAGCCAGCAACAAGACGAAAGCUGCCCUUAUUGCCGAACUCAUGGAGGGAGACAGAGCAACUCAUGCAGCACCUCCACUGGAGACAGCGCAAACGGAAUUCAAAAAAGAGCUCAGGAGCAGGUUGGCAUUUUAUCCAGAAACACCAACCACAGAAACCGUGGACUGAUGGCAGAUGUGCACGAAUACCUCAUGGCCAGGCGACCAGCAAUCCAGGGAAGGGUCCCAAGCUCCAUCCAGCAUUCUCCAGGGGAAAGCCCCCACCCCACCAAGCAUUUAAGACUUACACCGAAGCAGAGGGCGAUAUCGACGAAUACCUGCAGGACUUAGAAAGGUUGUGCCAGCUGCAUGACAUCAGACCAGGUACCCCUGCUUGCCAGCAGAUUAUCUGGCCGCGCAGCAGAAGCUUACCGUGCAGUCCCAGACGAGGACAGCAGGGACUAUCCGGAGGUCAAGCAAGCCAUCUUAGCUCGUUAUGCCAUCACCUCAGAGGCAUACAUACUCAAAUUCCGAGAUCUUAAAAAAAAAAAAAAACCUAAGAGAGACUCUCACACGGAAUGGGCUCACCGAUUUAUAGCGAGCCGCCAAGGGAUGGGUGGAAGCAACACAAGCCACCACCCUAGAAGAUCUGUUUCAGUUAAUCGCAUUGGAACAGUUCUUCAACGGGCUGACAACAGGCCUGCAGAAUUUGGUACGAGACCGUAAACCCUGUACUCUACAAGAGGCAGCCAAACUGGCUGGCGAAUUCCAGGACACCAGGAGAUACCAACGAUAACAGCACCGAUCCGCAUACGGGUCUGCAGCGUGUCUCCCAGCAGUUACUACUUCGGUUCACCCAUGACCAGGGGUAAGCAAUAUCCAGGACCCUCCGAGGUACAAUACUUGGUCGCAGAUUCGCUGCCACACCUGCAACCAGCAGGAGCAUAUCUAAAAGGACUGCCCACAGAACAAUAACUGGCAUAACCAAGGCCCACCCCCCAGUGGCAGAGCUGCGGUACAUUGUUACCAGAGGGAAUCUUCUGUCCCGCACACUACAGCAACACCGGUAGUAGAGCCACUGGGGGCCCUACACGAGGUCAACCCCAUACAAGCUGCCUCGAAUAACAACCAGGGGCACCGCCAGGUGGUACACAUGGAGGGGAAGAGUGUACAGGGGUUACGUGACUCUGGGGCCACCUUGACUUUGGUCCGGAAUCAUCUUGUUCCAAAGGACAAUAUCACCGGAGACUGUGUGGCCAAACGAGUGGCAGGGUACAUCUGGAUUGGGGAGCGGGGCAUGGGACUGUGGAGGUGGGGAUCAUGCAGGAUUUGCCAGCUGAUGUUAUUUUGGGCAACGACUUGUGGGAGCUCACUUCCGCUUUUGUCCCUCAACCCACCGUCCAGGAAGCCUACCCUGUUACUAGCCGGCAGCAGGCCCGCACCACGGCUCCAUCCGAUCACUCUGAGGCUCAGGUAAGCAAUCUGCCCCACAACCCUGCUGUUCUUCCCUGGGAUGCACCCUUCGAAUUUGGCAGCGAGGUAGCCCUAGAUCCCUCCCUGCAGGUCUAUAAGGAUAGACUAGACAAGGACCAAGACUGUCUGGAGGGACAGAGAUAUGCCUGGGACAAAGGUUUACCAUACCGCUACGCAGCGAAAGUAAUAGCCGGGUCCAUCCCCAUGUCCACUAAACAGUUAAUACCCUGCAAAUAUAGACUGGACUUGCUGCGCAUCGCGAGUGAUAUACCGUUAUCAGGGCAUUUAGGGAUCUGCCGAACUAAACAUCGGCCGAACUAAACAUCGGCUGACACAGAACUUCUUCUGGCCAGGUAUCUCAUUUGACAAUAUUGUCAAACCUGCAAUACCUGCCAGAGAGUAGGAAAGCGAGGGGACCGCUAUAAAGCAAAACUGUUCCCUACCCAUAAUUGAAGAGCCCAUUAGUAGGGUGGCCGUUGAUUUAAUAGGCCCCCUAGCUAAGCCUAGUCCCUCCGGCAAGCAGUACAUCUUGACCGUAGUGGACUACACCACUAGCUAUCCAGAGGCGGUGGCGCUGACCAAUGUACAUGCAGAGAUCAUAGCGGAUGCCCUAAUGCAAAUCUUCUCCCGCAUGGUAUUUCCCCAGGAGAUUAUUUUGGAUAGGGGCACCCAGUUUACUGCAGAGGUCACCCACCAACCCUGGAAGGUAUGUCGGAUAAAAUCUAUCCUAAACUCCGCUUACCACCCCCAGUCCAACAGUCUCUAUGAGCAAUUUAACGGGACACUUAAACAGAUGAUCAUACGUUCAUAUACACUCAAUCGGACUGGGAACGGUUUUUACCCCACUUACUAUUUGCUUAUAGGGAGGUUCCCCAAGAGUCCACCGGGUUCUCCCCUUUUGAAUUAUUGUUCGGGAGGAGGGUGAGGGGUCCCUUGUGUCUCAUUAAGGAACACGUGCUAGAGUUUAGGGAGCUCUUGGAGGCUUUGACUCAGUCGGUGCGUACCAACCUCCAGACGGCCCAACAACGACAGCGCAGAUGGUAUGAUAGGGGGGCUAGGGACCUCAGCUUUCAGAUAGGGCAGAAGGUGUUAAUUCUAUGGCCGGUCCACAGUGACAAGCUGCAGGCCUCCUGGCAGGGCCCAUACAAGGUGGUAGAACAAAUCUGUGAUGCCACCUAUGUGAUCGGUCCGUGCGCGGGAGCAGGGGGCAGACGCAUGCUCCAUGUGAAUAUGCUGAAGCCCUACUAUGAGCGCAUAGAAGAGGUAGCAGCUAUUUGCGCCUCUGCCGCAGAGGACUUUGAUAACUUACCUCUCCCAGACCUCCUAGAGAAGGAGAGCCAGAAUGAGGGCCUGGAAGAGUUACAGUUAGGUUAGCGCUUGAACCCCCAGGAACGGGCACAGGCUCAAAGUUUAAUUAGGGAAAAAGAGGCCACCUUCUCCAAUCUCCCCGGGUAUACCCCUCUAGUGACCCACAGAAUAGAGACCCUAGGGCAGGCCCCCCUUCGCCAACCUCCUUACCGCAUACCUGAAUCCAUAAAGGAGAAUAUGCGCAAGGAGAUUGAGGAGAUGCUGCAGUUAGGAGUCAUCGAGCACUCUGAUAGCCUUUGGGCCUCCCCAGUAGUUCUGGUGCCGAAGCGGGAUGGAACUACCCGCUUCUGUAUAGACUACCGAAUGCUCAAUGAUAAAACAGUAUCCGAUGCCUAUCCUAUGCCACGAAUAGACGAGCUCCUAGACAAAAUGGCCAGUACCUCACUACAAUAGAUCUUUGUAAAGGGUAUUGACAAAUUCCCCUAGCCAAGGACGCCAUUCCUAAGUCGGCGUUUGUCACCCUGUUUGGCCUGUACCAGUUUAAGGUCAUGCCAUUCAGGAUGAAAAAUGCUCCGGCUGCAUUUCAGAGGAUGGUGGAUCGGCUAUUGGAUGGGUUCCAGGAGUACGCUUGUGCCUUCUUAGACGAUAUAGCCAUUUUCAGCCACUCCUGGACCGAACAUUUGACCCACAUAGGAGCCGUACUAGACCAUAUUCGGGAGGCAGGGUUAACCCUUAAGCCCAGUAAGUGCCAUAUAGGAAUGGCGGAGGUCCAAUACGUGGGACACAGAGUAGGAAGCGGCCAACAAAAACCUAGACCCGCCAAGAUAGAGGCAGUAGCCAAAUGGCCAACUGGGUUCUCACGUACUAAAACCCAAGUCCUAGCCUUCCUAGGUACCGCAGUGUACUACUGUAAAUUUGUGCUCGAUUACAGCACCCUGGCCAAACCACUCACUGAUCUAACCCAGCAAAAAUCUCCCUAAAAUAGUAGUCUGGGCCCCAGAGUGUGAACAGGCAUUCCAACAACUGAAAGAGUGUGCCUUUGAAAUUCCAGGGCCAGUUGGUAUACAUUUAAGGGUAUUUACUAAGGGAACUUGCUAUAGUAAUAGAAUAAGUACUGUUCUUCCAGGAUUCUUGUUUUACAUGAAUUGGACCUGAAUAGCCUGUUAUGAGAGAUAUUGUUGUACAAUUUUUGCCUCCUGUAGAACCCGAUUUUUGUCUCCUGUAGGAUCCACAUUUUUGGCAAAAUGUGGCAGUGGAUCGUGCUUCCAAAUCCUGCCAUUUUUUGAGAUGGCUGAUAGAGCCAUUCAUCUUUGCUUGCAAUUUGCAAUAUGUGCCAUCUGCAAUGUCUUAUUAUGCACCCACAAGAAUAUAAAUGUAAGGUCCCACAGUCUUGUGUGGGAUCUGCCCUAGAUCCCAGUGUUGUACUCUGACACCUGGAAAAUUAAGGGUCAUAGCUGAAGAGGAAUGGGUGUGUGGAAACUGUCUUUGUCACUGCUCCCUCUUCUGGGUAGCACGGUACAAGUGGACAUAGGACACCAAAUGCAAAGACUUCACAAGUAACAGUGCCACUUUAAGUGCAUUCUGUAUAGAUAAGUGUUUCUAAAUAUGUGAUAUACUAAUGUGUUUGAUGUGGUUCUACACAAAAAGGUUACUGUGAGCAAAAAAUGUGUUUAUAUUAGGUGAAAAUUCUCGAUCUUAGAUUGAAAAUUGGCUUAAAGAUAAAGUACAAUAAGUAGUUAAUGGAACAUUUUAAGGUUGGACAAAAGUGGUAAUUGGAGCAUCUGUGGGCUUUUUUUUUUUUUUUCAGGAUACACUUCUCUUUAAUGUGAAUAUAAAAAAUUUCAAAGUGCAUUGAAAAUCAUGUUUGCAGAUGACACAGAGCAACAUAAUGUAAUACAGAACAUCUUUGUCUUACUGUAAAUAACCUAUUCCUCUGUAUUUUAAAUGUCUUUUGUCCUCCCUCCCCCCACAGGUUACAGGAGUACUGUCAAUGUACAUCACUCUUUUUAAACUAUUUUAACAAGAUAUGCAUGUCUGUGAUAUAGUUGCUUCUGUAGCUCAUUUCUUACCGUUCGAUUUAUUCUUUUCUGAUGUACAUAAUUUAUAGUACAAAGCUAUAUUCAAAGUGAAUAGAGAUGAUUUGAGGAAUAUAUAUAUAUAUAUAUAUAUAUAUAUAUUAUACUUCAAUAAGAUAUGCACAAUUUAAACUAGAAGGGCAACAGAGAUGCAUUUUUUCUGAGCUGACCUUAACACUCUAGUACUCAAAUACCAAUCAAAAGAUUUAGAACACCUCUAUUUGUCCAGUUUAAUUGAAAUUUGCACCGUUUACUGGAAAUCCAUCUCCACCGGGCAGCCCUAACAGCAUGGACCUCUUGAACGGCAAACCGCCGGGGGCCACAAAACAUGGCGGCUCGUACCCUGUUGCAGGGGUCCGCAGGGCGGCCAGGCCCCCUGGAGUGACAGGCCCGGUUGCAGCUGCGACCGCGGUAUGUACGCCACUGCACACAGAUACAUUGUAUCUUUAUGUCUUUAUCUGCAUGUGUGCCCGUGUCUGGAUCGGUUUGUCUGUAUAGGUAUGCCUGUGUGUCAGUCUGUAUGUGUGUGUCUGCAUGUGUAUCAGGAUAUGUAUCUUUGUGUCAGGGUAUAUAUCUGUGUACCUGUAUGUGUGUGCAUCUGUGUGUCUGUAUAUCUGCAUGUGUGUCAGUGUUUUGUGUUUGUAUCUGUAUUUUUUUUUUUUGUCCGUGUUUGUAUCUGUAUGUUUGUGUAUCAUUGUGUCUGUAUGUCAGUGUGUGUAUCUGCAUGUGUGUCAGUGUUUGCAUCUGUGUGUCUGUGUUUGUUUAUGUAUAUCUGCAUGUGUGUGUCUGGGGCAGAGGGAGCCUGGGGUAGAGGAGAAGCAGGUAGAGCCUAGGGCAGAGAAAAAAGGCAUAUAGGGCAGAGAAAAACGUAUAAAUUUGACAAAUGCAGCUAUAUUAAUUACAAACAUUUUGUUAAUGGGAGGUAUUCAAUUUAUGGGAAUGGGAUGCCAAGAGGUACUCAAGUGAAAACAGUUUGGGAACCACUGUCCUAAAGAAUCAUUGGUUUUAGAGCUUUUCUAUGAGGAGAUGCCUGCAAUAGCUGUGCAACUGCCCUAUUUUCCAAUGAGAAGCACUUGGUUUGCCUGGGCAGAGCAGAUUUGUUGCAAGAAGGCAGUCCCUUCCAUAGGUUUGGAUAUAAAUAAGAUCUUUUUUGAAGACCCCAUCUAAAAUUGAAAAAAAACAUGCUGUGUUCCUUUAACAUGUUACCCUCACAGCACGUCAUGCAGUUGUAGGGAACUGCUACAUAUGUAGUGACGUUUGCCUCUAGAUGAGCAUUGCACAUUCACUACUGGAGAUACAUGCACAUAGCAGCAAUGUUAGAUGUCAUGUUGAAUUUGUUUGACUUGGGUGUGCUUUUGCAUAUCUGUCUCAGCUUAAUAAAUGCUAUAGAUUUUCUACUAGAUUUUCAUUUUAUUUGUAUUGUAUAUAUUUUUGUCUCAUGUAGGAUCCGAUGUAUAUGGGUUUUUCUGCUUUUUGUACAUUCUUAAUCUUAUAGUCAGUUUUGUGGUGUUUACAUUAUGAGUGUAAUUAUAGGAAGGAAUAAUUUGUCCGUGGUUGAUACCAUCUUGUAUAUUUCUGUUUUUCUAUACACUUUUAUGAUUGAGACUGAGCAUUCAUCUCCUAGCCUUCCACCUCCUAACAAAUAAUGCUUACUCUCAACAUCUUUGCUAUUUCUAUACUAACAGAAAUCAUUAUACCCUGAAUUAACCUUUGCCUCCAUUAUUCCGCUAAAUCAAUAAAGACAUUUAGCCAACCUGUGUAUACACAAUAACAUGUACUGUGUAGGAUUGCACUUUUGAUAGCUCAUUGUUUCACAUUUAGUUUCAAGAUUACAGUAAAUUACCCAUGAUAAAUGCAACACUAAAUCAGUAAUUCCAAAAUAUGAGCAACAAACCUGCAACUUUUUCACACCAAUAGCCACCAGAUGGAGCUUUCAUGUUGUUUAAAGGCCUCCAUGCCUCUAUAUAUUCCUUUUUCAACAUAUUGCAUUGUAACAAGAGCUGCUAUAUUAAUAACUUCCAGUUUUCAACUUUUCUCUAAGUACCCACGGAUUCAAGAUACAAGCUUUACAGAGGUCACAGCCGAGGAAUAUCGUAUGGUGCUGGCCACAGGUAAGACUGUUUAGGAAUGUGUGUAUGCAUGUAUUUAAAUAUUUUGUAUUUGUAUCUUAUAGUUAAAGCAGCUAAAAGAUAAAAUCUUUUUUUGAAUUACUCACAUUGACUGUAUUGGAAUUUGACUAAAAGCUUGUCACAAGACUAAAUAGGGACUACUUUGUCUUAUGUACUUUUCUUUGCCGUUUUGUCAGUUCCCCCAGCUGUCACUAAUUACUGGUGUGGCUUUAAGGCAUUGUCUCGCUAAUGCAAGAUAAAAACUAUGGUUGGUCUUGCGGGAUCCUCCCUAGAUAUCAGUGUUUUACUCAUGCAUUCACGAGAAUACAGCAUUGACAUGAGCUCCUGGCACAUGAAGUGCCAGGAGCUGAAGAAAUCCGCUAGAUGGAGAUGGUGUCACCCGCAAAGGAGCAACUUCAGGUACCCAUAUCUCCACUGCUUGCUGGUCACUGCAUACCUAGCUGCGAUGCCACCAAAAUAUGUCUAGAACUUGACAGAGCUUUUUUAAAAUAUUUUAUCAUACAUUAGUUGGUUAAUCUUGAUGCAGUUUUUUAAGUUUGAAUUGUAAUGAUAAUUUGGGCAUUUCUUUUAUAUUGUUAUAGAAGUGGCACUUUCAUAAAUAAAGAUGCUUAACCCCUUAAGGACACAUGCCUUGUCAUGAUUCACUUUUAUUCCAGAAGUUUGGUCCUUAAGGGGUUAAAGGGAUACUGUAGGCACCCAGACCACUUCAGCUCAUUGGAGUAGUCUGGGUGCUGUGUCCCUUUUGCACCUAGUGCUGCAAUGUAAACAAUGCAGUUCCAGACAACUGCAAUGUUUACAUUGCAGAACUGAGUCUGCCCUCAUUGGCUGUCUACCAGACAGCCACUGGGGGCGCUUCCGGAAUCGUAACUGACUUUUGGUUCAUUAUCUGACGCUGGACGUCCUCACGCACUGCAUGAGGACCUCCAGCAUCAGAUUUUUCCACAUAAAUUGAUUCAAUGCUUUCCUAUGGGAGGCCUAAUGUGCUCAUCGUGGGACGGAGGAGAAUGUGGAGCUACGACCCAGAAAAGUUUUUAACCCUUUAUUUACCGGGGGAGUAGGGGGUGGGGGGGGGGACUGCGAAGGAGGGGAGAGGCUGAUGGAUCGGUAGUGCACUACACAAUCCCUUUAAAGAAACACUCCAGACACACAGCUUGUUGAAAUGCUUUGUGUUUGGAGUCUUUCAUAUUUGUGACCAUCUAUAAAUGUUCAGAUUUCAAUAGCAAUUGGCACUUUUAUAAUUAGGGACAUUAGGUUUUAUUUUGUAUCUGUAAGCUCAAGAGGGCUAACAGAAGUCGCAGACACACUGGGCUAAUGCCAGGCUGCUAGGAGCAGCAUUAUAGCUCAUUGAGAAGCAUAAAAAUCAUGAACACAGAGGCUUCUCAUUGAGAAAGAGGGAGGACUUGCAGGUCUGUGGGUUUGCAUAGCAGCAGGUCUGUAGCUUUUUCAAGCUUCUUUUAUAUAUCCCCAAAGAAAAUGUGCAUAACAAACACGUACAUGUUUUCUUUGGAGGUAUAUCUAUGAAAUUGUUAAAAAAAGAAAAUAAAAAAAAUAUUUUUUUUUAAUGGAGUGUUCCUUUAAUCUUGAUCCUAAAUAUUUACAAUACUACAUUAACCCCUUCCCGACCCAGGACGGUUCAGGACCGUCAUCGGGAUUUUCCCAUUGCGGACCGAUGACGGUCCUGAACCGUCCUAACGGUUUCCGUUACUUACCUGAUCGCCGUCGUUCCCCCGGCGGCGAUCAGCGUGGCUCCGGUUGUGGGGAGACUGCCUGCAGCCCAGACAGUCUCCCCACACUGAAUUAGGACCCCCUGUGGCCAUGUGAUCGCUUAACACAGCGAUCACAUGGUCACAAUAGGUGUCCAUGUGUCUGCCUGCAGGGGGACUGUCUGUGCUGACAGGCAGUCUCCCUGCAACUGUAAAAUCAAAAAAAAAAUUAAAGUUAAUGGUAAUAAAAAAAAUAAUAAUAAUUAUAUAUGUAUAAAUAUGAUAUAUAGACAUAUAUUGUAUCUAUAUAAUAUAUGUCUAUAUAUCAUAUAUAUAAUGCCAUACUAAGUGUAUUUUUAUAUUAAUAUGUACUUAUAUUAAUAUAAAAAUACACUUAUAAUUAAAUUACACACGUGUGUGUAUAUAUAUAUAUAUAAUAUAUAAUAACUAUAUAUAUUGUGUGUGUAUAUAUAUAUAUAUAUAUAUAUUAUAAAAUAUAAAUAAGUAAUUUAAAUUAAAUAAAAAAAUUUUAAAAUAAUAAAUUUAAAAAAAUUAUAGCUAUAUGAAAUUUUAUUCUAACUGUAUUUUAAAAUUAAUAUAUAUAUAUUUAUAUCAAAAUACACUUAGAAUGAAUUUGUAUAUAUAUCUAUGUAUAUAAAAAUAAAUAAAAAUAAUAAGAAAUAUACAUAUGUCCAUAUACAAAAUUACAUAAAUAAUUAUAUAAAUAUACACGUAGACUUCAAAUAUAUAAAUAUGCAUAUAUAUUUAAAUUCUACGUGCGUAUUUAUGUAAUAUUUUUACAUAAUUCAGUAAUUUUAUUGAUUGCAAUUUGAGGGACCUGCCUGCCAACCCAGGCCAAAAUUCCAGAGAAUUUAAUUUGCUAGCACUGUAUUUUACCCUGUAACGUUCUACGACACCCUAAAACCUGUACAUGGGGGGUACUGUUUUACUCGGGAGACUUCGCUGAACACAAAUAUUAUUGAUUCAAAACAGUAAAACAUAACAGCGAUGAUAUUGUCAGUGAAAGUUACUUUUUUUGCAUUUUUCACACACAAACAGCACUUUUACUGAUGAUAUAAUUGUUGUGAUAAGUUUUCCAGUUUUUAAACACUAAUAUUUGUGUUCAGCGAUGUCUCCCGAGUAAAACAGUACCCCCCAUGUACAGGUUUUAUAGCAUUUUUGAAAGUUACAAGGUCAAAUAUAUGGGUCAAAUAUUUUUACAUUGAAAAUGGCCAGGUUGGUUACGUUGCCUUUGAGAGCGUAUGGUAGCCCAGGAAUGAGAAUUACCCCCAUGAUGGCAUACCAUUUGCAAAAGAAGACAACCCAAGGUAUUGCAAAUGGGGUAUGUCCAGUCUUUUUUAGUAACCACUUGGUCACAAACACUGGUCAAAAUUAGCGUUCAAUUUAGUUUUUUUACUUUUUUCACACACAAACAAAUAUGAAUGCUUACUUUGGCCAGUGUUUUCGACUAAGUGGCUACUAAAAAAGACUGGACAUACCCCAUAUUGAAUACCCUGGGUUGUCUACUUUAAAAAAAAUAUGUACAUGUGGGGUGUUAUUCAGAGAUUUAUGACAGAUAAUAGUGUUACAAUGUCACUAUUGAUAAAUUUUAAAAAUGUAUGUUUUGAAACCGCAAUAUCCUACUUGUACCUAUAGCCCUAUAACAUGCAAAAAAAAGCAAAAAAGCACGUAAACACUAGGUAUUUUUAAACUCAGGACAAAAUUUUGAAUCUAUUUAGCAGUUUUUUUCAUUCGCUUUUGUAGAUGAGUAAAAGAUUUUUCAAGUAAAAGUCAAAAAACAUGUAUUUUUUUCAAUUUUUCAUCAUAUUUUUUUAUUUUUUUUAAAUUAAAAUACAUGAGAUUAUAUAAAUAAUGGUAUGUAAAGAAAGCCCCUUUUGUCCUGAAAAAAACAAUAUAUAAUUUGUAUGGGAACAGUAAAUGAGAAAGCGGAAAAUUACAGCCAAACACAAACACCACAAAAGUGUAAAAAUAUGCCUGGUCGCAAAUGUACAACAUCGCAAAAACAGUCCAGUCCUUAAGGGGUUAAACAAAAGUGUUCCAUACACAUUACAUGUAUAAACAACAUGAAAUAAUAAAAUUUUGGAUGCCAAAUAGAACGUUUUUAUUAAAGGGUCUCUCUAAGCAUGUAUAACAAUUUUAAUUGCAUAGGUUAUGGCGCAGACUGCCCUGUCACUGGAUUGAUUUGUAAAAAUAACAGGUAUUAGACUGCUCCUGGUCAUCCAAAGCCUAUCCAGCUUGUGUCUGUGCAAUUCUCUCCCCUCCUUACGGUCAGUAUAUUGAAAUAUCACUGAACUGUGAACAGAGCUUAUGGAUAGGCUAAUAGCAGCUCUGAUAUGCCUACAACCAGUUUACCAAUCAUUUCCACUCAUUAUUUUGAAGAAAAUUGUGAUUGAGUCAAAGCUAAAUACCCUCUUGACAGGGUUUUUGAGAUGAUAAAAAAACCUGGAGAAUGCUUGGCGAGCACACAACCAACAACUCAUAUAACUGAACACACCGAAUGUUCUCAGUAUUUAAAAAAAAUAUACAUGAACAUUGAACCCCCCAAAAAAGGUGAUCUUUGUGCUAUCGCCAACUGUUACAUAACCACGACAAAGUAAAGGACACAUAUAAACUGGCAUGGCACAAACCAUCUAGAACCACAAAGGAAAAUACAAUACCGUUGGUACAUAGUACUGGAUAAAAUACACAAAAUAUGGCCCCAAUCAUCAACCAACAAAUGCUGGAGGUGUGACACAGGUGGGGACAAUGGUACACACAUGGUGGGCGUGCAAAGCUUUGCAACCCUUCUGGCACAAGAUCCACAAACUAAUAGAGCAAGUAACCAAUACUAACAUAGAUCUUAAGGUGGAAACAUGUCUCCUAUUUAUACCACCAGAGGAGAUGAAUAAAGUCCAAUGGGCAGCCACCUAUCACAUUCUAAUCUCAGUAGCUACAGUGAGCUCUAGAUAGUGGAAAACACCUACUGCACCACACUUUAACAAAUCAAUACUAACUGGAUGUAUGAGACUAUGUUCUCGAGCCAAAUAGGUGCAAGGAAAACCAAAACUAAACCUAAUUUGAUGUGGAAAGCAUACUGGUCAAACCUAAAAUUGAGCAACAAUAGCAAUACCCCAUAGUCCCCUACAACAAGUAAUGAAAUUAAAGUAAGCAGAGUGCCAACUCAGCGAUAUACCACCAUACAAUCUUGAGUACAUGCGAGCAAUAGACUGAGGCCAAAGCCUCAUACAAUAGCACAGGAAACUACAAAACUUAAGAUGCCACGAACACCACGAGAUCCUAAGCAAAUACUGUAUUAAUAAAGGCAGGAGGAAUGGGUGUUAAAGCAUAUAUGACACUGGACGAAGUGGUUGCCUAUACGUUAAAUUACGUUAUGCCACACUUAAAUACAGUAGGAUGUGCUAAUCUACGCAAAGACCAUGAUGUAUCUGCAUGUUAUUUAAUCUUUGGACUGUGCAUUACCGUUGUUAACCCUACCCCUCCUUCCCUUUGGUACCCAAAGUAUACACAAAAUAAAUUGUCAAAUGGAAAAAUUAAUAUACAAAGACCUAUCGAAUGUUGACAAAGCAAUGUAAGAUUUGAGAUUCUCCCUAUCCCUCCUUUUUCAUCUGUACCCCAUAUACUUUACAAAACAAUAAAAAUUGUCAAAUCGAAAGAAAAAAAAACAUGGAGACCAAAAUUAUAGGCUCUUGAUUGGUUAAGCAUCUUCCUUGUAUGAGAGCAGUCUGUUUGCUGGAGUUUUAGAAAAUGUUUAAUUUUAUUAAUAGGAUAUCUGUAGAGUGCAUUAAAAAUAGACUGUCACUUUCAACCUUAUGUCCAGUGACCUUUUAAUACAUUAUGCAUUCAUCAGUUACUCAUCUGGGCUCCAAAAAUGCCUGCUAGGUUUUGGGGUUUUUGUUUUUUUACAUUACAUCAAGUAUAGCUUGCUGAGGUCUCUGUGUUAUUUGAUAGUAGGGCACCAAAUUCCUCCGCUAGCAUUUUACUCCUCUCUAUACAGUACAGAGAGCUGAGCACAAUAAAACAAGCUGGACACAGCAUUAAGAUAUCUAUAAAAUACAUAGAGCUGAGUACAAUACAGAGAUAACCAUACCACAAGCAGAACUGAAAAAGAUAGCUAUAUAAUACGCAGAGUUAGGCACAACACAAUGAUACCUAUACAAUACACAGCCUACAUAGAUAACCAUACAACAGGUAGAGCUGUAUAAAAUACAGAGAAAUAACACACAGAGCUGGCACAGUAAGGUGAUAACAUAACUAUCCCACACAGCCUGGGUCACUGUGAUGGAUUACAUAGAGCUGCAAUACACAGAUUCCCACACAGUGCAUGUCUUUGUAUAAUGCUUUAGCUCUCUCUCUUCCGGUUUUCCUAGCCACCUCUCAGCUCUCCCAUGCAUGAUCUCAUCUUCAGUAGUGCUUUAAUAACUUUUGCUUUCUAUUAAAUAUUGCUACUAAUAUGAAAAAAUAGUAAAGCUACUCCAUAAGCUUUCAACACACAUUCUGCAUAUGGUUAAAGCAGCAGGGUACUGAUAGACUCCAACCAUGUCAGCUACUCCUGACUCAUUGUUGGCAACCAUAUCCGCUACUCCAGACUCCCUAUUAGCACUCAACACACAGUGUGCAAGGAUUAAAACAAUAGAACACUGAUAGACUACUUUUUACGUUUGCAGUUGGUAAUGAGGAGGCAAGAAGUAGCUGACAUGAUUACCAGAAUCAACAAUUAUGGCAGAUUUAAAUCCGAAUCAGAUCAAUUCUCAAAGUCACAGACAGUCCUGCAGUUUAAUGCUUUACACCUUUUUAACUAGCCACAGCAUGAUUGCCUCAGGUCUCAGCUGUACAGUGACUGAGCACUUUAAAUAAGAUUAAGGAUAUGUGCAAUAUGAGUCAUUAAAACUAUUAGUGACUGGCAGCAUAGUGCUCUGUUUCAAAAAUGUUCCUCUCCUCUUGUCACCACUGGGCUUCCCUGUGUGUGUGUGUGUGUGCAAUAUAUAUAUUACACACACACAAUACUAGGAGAUGGGGUUACAGUGCCAACAAGAGAGAUGAGGAAGAAGCGUUCUUGGAAGUAACACGGAAAGAGCAGAGCAGCAGCCCCUGCCAAGUGUAUAAUAUCAUUUUAUUUUAUUUUUUUUCUUAUCCGAUAGCCCUAGUGACUGCCAAAGGGCUAAUUAAGCAAGUGAAUUUACAUACAUAUAUAUAGCAGUCACUAGGGCUAUCGGAUAAGAAAAAAAAAAGAUAUUAUACACUUGGCAGGGGCUGCUACUCUGCUCUUUCCGUGUUACUUCCAAGAACGCUUCUUCCUCAUCUCUCUUGUUGGCACUGUAACCCCAUCUCCUAGUAUUAUCAGCCAAUGAUGGACCCUGAAUAGAGAGGAAAAUAGCAUGUCUCCACUCCUAGGCUCAGCCGCCCUAAUUGGAACUCAGUGGAAAUUCCUUCUUAAAGGACACUAGGCAUGUGCAAAACCUGCUGACACAGGGAAGAUUCCAACAAACCCCAUUUUUGGACAUGCCUAGCUAAACUCAAGUAAGUGUUUCCAAUGAGUUGGGAUCGGCCCUGCAGAACUGAAACCUAUUACAGAAUUAAAUAGACUUUUAAUUUUUUUCCCUUUUUUUCCCUUUUUUUUUUUAUUUGGCUUACCACCCUCCACUCCAAAAAAGUAUCCUAGUGUAUUUAAACUACUGCAAAUAAAUGUUUUCCCGACAUAAAACUUGUUGGGGUACUGUAUGAGCCUCCACUGAUGCUGACAUUAUCCAAGCUCUAAAAAAAAGAUACACUGUCUCCUAUACCUAUUAUUAUUAUUAUUAUUAUUAUUAUGUUUUACUCAUUUAUUUGUGUAGUUUUGUAGAAAGUUUGCGAAUGAGCUUUUAUAAAUAAUGGUAAAUAACAUUCUUUUUUCUGAUGACAGACAGUCUAAAACAGAUGGAAGAGAUGAAAAAGGGAAUGUGGACAAGACUCAAAGAAAAAUUUAAUGCUAAAUCCCCUCAGGAUGGAGCAAAGGACUAA